AAUUCUCAGAUCUCAGCCUCCUGAGUAGCUAGGAUUACAGAUGUGAGCCACCAGUGCCCAGAUUGUUUUCAUGUCUUAAUGAUAACUUCCAAUAGGAAGGAACACCUUUUCUCAAGUGGAGAAACUUGCGAGGUCACAUAGAAGAGCAGUGGCAGAGUCUGGUGACUGUGGACUCUAUGUGGCUCCUGGUGGAUGCUGAGCCUGAGGAGGAUUAUUACUAGAAAGUCCUGUCUGCUGAAAGGAGAGGGCAAUGCCCCUGCCAGUGGUGGCCCCUGUACCCUGCUCAACCUGAGCACCUGCCAGGGCUAAGCAUGGACCAGAGAGAGCUGCUCCCUCCUGCUCCCACAGAAAAUGAAGUGAAAUAUGAUCCUAAUAACAAUGAAGAGGAAGAGGGAGAACAGUUCGAUUUUGACAGUGGAGAUGAAGUUCCAGAAGCUGAUCGGCAGGCCCUGUCUGCCCCUGAGGCUGGAGGAGCAGAAACAGGAGGAGCUGCUGUUCCCUCAGAAGGUGAAGAGACUGUCACUGUGGCUGGACCAGCCACAAUUGCUGUUCCUCCGAAAGUGAACCCGUAUUCUGUCAUUGACAUCACACCAUUCCAGGAGGCCCAGCCCUCGACCCCUGAUUCACAUGUAGAGGAGGAGGAGGUGGGCCUGCAUGUGCCCAGUGGGUACUCAGUGCCUGUGCCCUGUGGCUAUGCUGUCCCAUCCAGCCUCCCACUACUGCUGCCACCGGCCUACUCCAGCCCUGUCAUCAUCCGCACUGAGUCUGUGGAGGAGGAAGCAGAAACACCAGAAGUCACAGAAGAUGGCCAGUUUACUUCUGUGAGUUCUGAGGGGCCUGCACACAGUGGUGAUCAUGGCAAUCGAGAGGGCAGUGCCCUGGCCCAGUGGGCAGCCGACCCCGCCAACACUGCAUGGAUGGAAAAUCCAGAGGAAGCAAUUUAUGAUGAUGUUCCAAGGGAAAAUUCGGAUUCUGAACCAGAUGAAAUGAUUUAUGACGACGUGGAGAAUGGAGAUGAUGGUGGAAACAGUUCUUUGGAGUAUGGAUGGAGUUCAAGUGAAUUUGAAAGCUAUGAAGAACAAAGUGACUCAGAGUGUAAGAAUGGAAUUCCCAGGUCUUUCCUGCGAGGCAGCCACAAAAAGCAACUCUCUCAUGACCUAACCCGCUUAAAGGCGCACUGUGAGGAAAAGAUGAGAGGCUUGAUGGCCAGCACGGUGGGAGCCGUGGAGGUGCGGAGGCCAAGGCGAAGGCGGGAGCGGAAGAUGCAAAAGCUAAUGAAGGCGGCCAAGGAGGGCACCAGAGAUGGGCUUGAGAAAACCAAAGCUGCUGUGAAAAGAGGCCGCUCGUUCAUCAGGACCAAGUCUUUCAUUCCUCAAGAUCACAGAUCUUGUCUUGAAGAAGACCAAAAUGUGUUUAUAGAGGUUGACUGUAAGCACCCAGAGGCUAUCCUGACUCCCAUGCCUGAGGGCUUGUCUCAGCAGCAGGUUGUAAGAAGAUAUAUACUAGGUUCAGUCGUGGAAAGUGAAAAGAACUACGCGGAUGCUCUUAGGAGGCUUUUGGAGCAAUAUGAGAAGCCACUGUCUGAGAUGGAGCCUCGUAUUCUGAGUGAGAGGAAGCUGAAGAUGGUGUUUUACCGUGUCAAGGAGAUCCUGCAGUGCCACUCCAUGUUCCAGAUUGCCCUUGCCAGCCGUGUGUCUGAGUGGGAUGCUGUGGAAACAAUUGGUGACGUGUUUGUAGCUUCGUUUUCCAAAUCCAUGGUGCUGGAUGCGUAUAGCGAGUAUGUGAAUAAUUUCAGCACGGCCGUGGCAAUCCUCAAGAAAACAUGUGCCACUAAGCCUGCUUUUCUUGAAUUUUUAAAGCAGAGCCAGGAGUGCAGCCCUGACCGUGCCACCCUCUACAGCCUCAUGAUGAAGCCCAUUCAGCGGUUCCCCCAGAUCAUCCUCCUGCUCCAGGACAUGUUAAAGAACACCUCCAAAGGACAUCCUGACCGACUGCCCCUUCAGAUGGCAUUAACAGAGCUCGAAACCUUAGCAGAGAAGUUAAACGAAAGAAAAAGAGAUGCCGACCAACGCUGUGAGAUCAAACAGAUAGCAAAAGCCAUAAAUGAAAGAUACCUGAACAAGCUCCUUGGCAGUGGAAGCCGGUACCUCAUUCGCUCUGAUGAUGUGAUAGAAACAGUUUACAAUGACAGGGGAGAAAUUAUCAAGACCAAAGAACGCAGGCUCUUCAUGUUGAAUGAUGUACUGAUGUGUGCCACUGUCAGCUCCCGCACCUUGCACGAAAACCACAUUGUGACCAGCCAGAGGUACCUGCUCAAGUGGAGUGUCCCUCUGGGACACGUGACUGUGAUUGAGUACGGCAGCAACCCCAGCACAGGCGAGCAUAGCCGAUACCCCUCUGUGCACUCUCCUGAAAGCCUGGCUGUGGUGGCGAACGCGAAGCCUCACAAAGUUUACUUGGGGCCAGGACAGUUAUAUCAAGAUCUGCAAGACCUGCUGCAUGAUCUCAAUGUGGUUGGUCAGAUCGCUCAGCUAAUAGGAAACCUUAAAGGAAACUAUCAGAACUUAAACCAAUCAUUAGCCCAUGAUUGGACAUCAGGUUUACAGAGACUGAUUUUGAAGAAGGAAGAUGAAAUUAGAGCUGCUGAUCGCUGUAGAAUUCAGUUACAGCUCCCAGGGAAGCAGGACAAGUCUGGGAGACCGACAUUUUUUACAGCUGUGUUCAACACAUUCACCCCUGCUAUCAAAGAGUCCUGGAUCAACAACUUACAGAUGGCCAAGCUUGCCCUGGAGGAGGAGAACCACCUGGGCUGGUUCUGUGUGGAUGAUGAUGGGAACCAGACUAAGAAGGAGACGCACCCUCUCCUUGUGGGACACAUGCCUGUGAUCGUUGCCAAGCAGCCCGAGUUCAAGAUUGAAUGUGCUGCUUACAAUCCCGAGCCUUACAUAAGUAAUGAUAGUCAACCAGAUUCGUUUUCUGUGGCACGUGGCUUCCUGUGGAUUGGAAGUUGUAGCAGUCAAAUGGGCCAGAUUGCCAUCGUGUCAUUUCACAAUUCCAACCCCAAAGUCAUCGAAUGCUUCAAUGUGGAGUCGCGCAUCCUCUGCAUGGUGUACAUCCCCGUGGAGCAGCCCCCGGAGCAUCGCGCAAGCCCAAACUCUGAGGCCACAGCCACCAGGCCUUCCGACGUGCCCACCAUCUGUCUGGGCACAGAAGAAGGAAGCAUUUCCAUUUAUAAAAGCAGCCAAGGCUCCAAGAAAGUGAGACUUCAGCACUUUUUCACUCCUGAGAAGUCCACAGUCAUGAGCUUGGCCUGCUCACCACAGGGCCUGUAUGCUGGCUUGGUCAAUGGGUCGGUGGUCAGCUACACCAAGGCUGCAGAUGGAUCCUGGAAUGCAGAACCUCAGAAAGUGAUCAAACUUGGUGUCCUGCCAGUCAGAAGUCUCCUCCUGAUGGAGGACACGCUGUGGGCAGCUUCUGGAGGCCAGGUGUUCAUGAUCAGCUUGGAGAACCAUGCCAUUGAAAACCAGCUGGAGGCCCACCAGGAAGAAGGGAUGGUCAUCUCCCACAUGGCAGUGGCUGGCGUUGGGAUCUGGAUUGCCUUCACCUCGGGCUCCACCCUCCGUCUCUUCCACACGGAAACGCUGAAGCACCUGCAGGACAUCAACAUUGCCGCCCCUGUGCACAGCCUGCUGCCAGGGACAGGACACCAGAGGCUGUCUGUGACCAGCUUGCUUGUCUGCCAUGGCUUGCUGAUGGUGGGUACCAGCCUGGGUGUGGUCGUAGCCCUGCCCGUCCCUCGACUGCAGGGGAUCCCCAAAGUGACAGGAAGAGGCAUGGUCUCCUACCAUGCGCAUCACGGUCCGGUCAAGUUCAUUGUCAUGGCCACGGCUUCGCAUCAGAGGGACAAAGACAGAGCCAGAGAUGGCCCAGCCCCGGGCCUGGAGGCUCAGGAUGAAGACCAGAAUGCUCUUCCAGAUGAGGGGCCCACGCCCUACCCUAGCCAGGGUGGCCCGGACACAGCCACAGCUGUUUGGUUGGGAGAGUCCCCAGGGUUGGUGACUCAGAAGAGCGACCUGUCCUCCUCCUCAGGGUCCCUGAGCCUGUCCCACGGCUCUGGCUCCCUGGAGCACAGGUCUGAGGACAGCAGCGCCUGCGACCUCCUGAGGGACGCUGCCACCUCUCUCCGGAGCGGGGUGCAGUGGUCCAAGAAGGCCAAGGCCAGCUCGGCCCUAGUGGUGUGCGGGGGCCAGGGCCACCGCCGUGUGCACAGGAAGUCCCGGCAACCCCAGGAGGAGCUGGUGUCCUCCGUGAUGGUCUGGCAGAUCCCGCUGCUGAGCGCGUAGGGAAAGUCGAGGAGCAGCCCCCACCCCACCCGCUGGCAUCCAAGUGUGACAUGAGGGGACCCUGCCUCUCAGCAGGGCACAGGCCCAAGCUGCCGAGCCCGCAGCACCGACCACCGCAACCUGUGCUUGAGGAAGAAAUACAUGUGCAAUAUGUGAGGUGGCCCUCCUGCCCACCCGCCCCCCACCUUCCCCCCCCGGAACUCCCCUGGGGACGGCGAGGGAGAGCAGAGCGGGCCUUGCUGCUCUCUGCCAUGUCCUUCAUGGUAAAUGCAGAGGGCCCAGCGUCCGUCAGCUCAAGGCCGGCCGUGCGGGGAAAUGUAACGUAGUCACUAGUGGAGGGAUUUACUAACAGUUCUUUUAACAGCUUUACUUGACUCCAGUUUUCUACUUUUAUUUAUGUUUUAUAUUUUUAAAUUCCAAAACAAAAUGUGUAACAAUUUAAGAAGCCAGGUAGCCCACAGUUGGGGAUUUGCAAGUGGGCUACUGUGUGCACUCGAGAUUGUAACAAAGUUGUGUUUUAUAUUAAAAAAUUAACAGUGUUUUAGCCAUGAUACUAUCUAGUAUUUCACAAAUAGUCUUUGCUUUGAACCAAAUACUCAGUCAGCCUUUAGAGUCGAGUGUCAGUGCCGAGUACGCGUGCCUUCCGGUGGGUGUGAGCAGCGUCCCUGUGCACAGAGCCUCCGCCCGUUCUCCGCACCUUCCCUCUGGCUCGCCUGGCGUGCUGCCGCUGGAACGUUCAUUCCAAGCGGCCCGAGGUGCUCUCCAGGGGCUGUGCUGCCGCCCGUGCCCCCCCCCCUUGCCACUCUGCGCCUCCGUGCCCCCUCCCCCCACCACCAGUGGAGGACACAGGCUGGGAUCUGCAGUCGGGUCCAGGUGCCUGGGAAACUGGGGGCUCCAUGUACUUAAGUUGCAUCAACUUUGACGAAUUGGAGGAAUAGCAAGAAGGAAAAAAAGGCCUCGCACAGGCAUUCACCAGAAACAAACUUCUCAGCACUUUAUAGAUAAAUAAAAACGCUAAUUUUAUGACGUAGCCAACUGUUUUCCACAUUACAUGUAUACUCUCAAGCUUUCUUACACUGUUAGCUGCCAUCUUGUUCCUUAAGUAAAGCCUUUUUAUCUAACAA